AUGAAUAUAUUUGAUAGAAAAGAAUUCAAGUUUAUUUUAGGAGUAGGCGGUAUAUAUGUCUCUUACAUAUAUUAUGGUUUAACCUAAGAAAAAAUGUUAUAAAAAUAAAAAUUAUUUAAUAUAUAACAAACAAAUAAAAAUAUUAGUUUUUCCACUAAAUACAAAAGUAACAUUAUAUAAGAAUAAACUAGAUUCAAUUAACCUUGGGCUCUUCUAUUUUUACAAUGCUUAUUUUCUUUUAUAGUAGCAUUUUUAGUGAAUAUAAUAUAUUAUGAUUAAAGUAAAAAAAUACCUAUAUCUUAUUAAAUAUAAUAUGGCUUUUAUAAUGCUUUUUCUAUGCUGGGUAGUAAUACAGCUUUAAAAUAUAUGUCAUAUCCAUUAUAAGCUUUAUUUAAAAGUUGUAAAGUACUUUCGGUUUUGAUUGUUGGUUUGAUUUUUGGAAAAACUAAUCAUCAAAUAUCUUAAUAUUUAUGUGGUUUUAUAGUAACAAUAGGAAUAGUAGGAUUUAAUCUCUAAGAGUAAAAAUCCGGCAAUUCUAAAUAAACAUCACUUUUUGGAAUAGCGCUUAUUCUAGGCUCUUUAUUUUCUGAUGGUAUGCUUGCUGAAAAGUAAGAUAUGACUAGAAAAUUAUAUAAUCCAUCUAGUUGGUACUUAAUGUAAAUCACAUCUAUGUGGUGUUCUAUCUUUUCUAUUUUAUAUGCUCUUAUAUUUAAUUAAUUCUGGAGUUUUAUUGAAUUCUGUUAAAAUUAUAGAGAAGGCUUUAUUGAUAUUCUUUCUAUUUCUUUUAUGGGAUGUAUUGGGUAAGUUUUUAUAUUUUAUACAAUUAAAAAUUUUGGGCCUUUCUUACUUGCUUUGGUUACUACUACAAGAAAGUUUUUCACAGUUCUAUGUAGUAUAGUGUAUUUUGGACAUGUUUUGAAUGGAUAUUAAUGGGCUUGUGUAGGUUUGGUACUUGUGGGUGUUUCUAUUGAAUUAAUAGAAAGUUAUAAAAAGAAGAAGGCAACAUCGAAAAAAAAUUGA